GUGAAACCAAUGGCGAGUGUUGUGGCAGUUCAUUCGGAUCUUACUGCCCCGACAAAUGUAGUUCGAAGAGUGAUGGCUAAACACCCGGAGUUGUUUCUGAUUGUAAUUGGAUUGUCUCUAACCAUCAUUUCACGAUAUGGGAGCAGUUUGAAGCCAAAGCCGAUUACUGUACCACCAAAACCACCAAAGAAAUUUUUUCCAAACAACUCGCCAGUGUAUGAUUUUUUUAAUGGAGAACUCGAUCCGGUUGUCCGUCUUCUUGCCCAGGAGGAGCUUAUAUUCCUCAUGUACUAUGCUCCAUGGUGUUCUCGGUCCAUGGCCAUUCGCUCUGAGUUCCACAAGGCAGCAAGACACCUGCAAGGACGGGUGAAGUUUGUGGCUGUGAAUUGCUGGUGGCCAGAUGGGCAGUGUCGGAAACGUUACAAGUUCCUGAUGUUCCCUGUGCUGUUUGUGUAUCACACACAUCUUGAUGGCUUCAGAUACCUAGGCGAGAUGGCUGCCGAGCACAUGGUGACGUUUGUGGAAGACAUCACCUAUCCUAUUACAGCUUUCUACUCUCAUGACCAGGUCAAGGACUUUGUGGCCAAGCAUGAUGGUGCUGUGGUGGGCUACUUUGACCUCAACGCGUCCCCACAACCCCCGGGCUACCAACAGUUCUAUUUUGCUUCCAUGAGGAUGCUGGAACAGGAUCCGUACAACCAGGUCAAGUUCUGCAUCUUUCCGAGGAAGUCUCUGGCGGAGUCGUACAACUUGACACAAAGUAACGAUGUUGCAUUGCUGCGUGUAGCCAACUCCACCCUGAAAUAUCCUCGAGACUUUAACUUGACCAGCUCUCAGCUUGUGACCUGGAGUCUUCAACAUCGACAAAAAAUUAUCAUCCAAUCACCUUUGGGAGUGAAGAGUUUGAUAUUGUCGAGGGAGAUGGCUCAGGGACCAGCUGUCAUUGCCUUCUAUGCCCUCAACCCGUUGUUUGACACCAACCAACCAUAUCAUGUGAUGAAGGACCUGGCCCUGCAGUACCACAACUGUGAGGAGAUCCACAACCUGGAGGACGCCAUCUCACACUGGAGAAGUCAGGUCAGGUCAGCCCAGGUCGAGUACCACCAGGUCGUCGAGUUCUGUGCAAACUACCGCAAACAACGCAACGUAGGACUCUACGACUUCAAAUGCUGUGUUUCCCUUGCUUCCAAAACCCUAGCGGAGACGCCCAACCAGGCCCAGAAUGUCUGCGAGUACUGCAUCCACAGGCCGACACAGAUGGGACCGGGGUGUUCCAGCAUAGAUAUUGACCCUCAGUUAGAGGAGUGGACUAUGGCGCAGACCAACUUCUGUAGGAACUCUAUAGACAACUAUAAUGUUAAUGAAUACCAUAGUCUGUGUUGUCAGUGGUGUCAAGAUGCUGCUGCUUCCAUAGUGCCUGUCUCCCAGUCAGACUUUUUACCCAUGUCUUUCAGAUUGGGGAAGCGAAGAGUGACUGAUAGGUAUAUGUGGCAAGAAAUUGAAGAUAAACCAAAACGGUUGUGUAAAAAGUUGACUUUGCAGAAACUACAGGGCCACGUGCCUUAUGAAAAUAGUUAUAAUUUUGAAGAAUCCCUUCCAGUGAAUUUUACGGGUUUGGGUUGUCGUAGUAACCGGACAGUCAACUUCUAUGCAAUGGAUGCUGUGCGGCAUUCUGUGUUUGCUGAGAGGCUCGGUGUGGAUGUGUCGACGUUGCCGCAGAAUCCAGCUGUGGUUAUUUUUGAUAAGGAAAAUGAAGAACAGUACUUGCUCAAAGAAAAUUUUACAGCCAAAAAUGUUGCCUCCUUUAUCCUGAAUUUCACCCGUGGUCAUGCUAGCCGGAGUCUCCGGUCACUGACCUACGCCCCCUCCACCUGUGAUAAAACUGAGACCAGUGUGUGCGUUGUCGAAGUCUCGUCUAAUACAUUCCACUCUGUUGUUAUGGAUCCUCAUAAGGAUGUGCUGCUGUUUGUGUAUGCCUCAUGGUGUGGCUUCUGUGCCAACCUCAACCAUGUCUACCUCUCAUUAGCCAAGUACUUCCAGUCAGCACAGAACAUUGUAUUUGCCAGGUUGAAUGGUGACACCAAUGAUCUUCCAUGGGAGUUUACAGUAGAGUCUUUUCCCUCCCUCAUCUUCUUUCCAGCCAACAGGAAAGCUAACAGCGUUGUCUUCCCCGACACCAUUGCUGUGACGAUGCCCAACCUAAUCCGCUUUGUGCUGCAGCACUCUACACAGAGUCUCCGAGUGGAGACAGCACUUGGCGUCUGCUCCAAAGCAUGUAUACAGAAAAACAGGGAAUAUGCUGUCAAUGCUCGAUAUAGUCUACAGAAGAAACAGACACGCCUUCGACGGCGACUGAGCAUGAUAAAUGCUGAAUGGGAACAUUUGAGCACGACUGCAAGGAUGUUUCGAGAAAUUUCCCAAAAGCAUAUCCACAGCGUUCUACAGCAGACGCGGAGGAACCUUCUGGUGGUUGAUCAGCUUCAGCAAUUCCUUCAGUCCAGCAAUGGAGUUUACAUUGAACAUUCCAAACUGCGCCAGUUUAUGUCCGAUCAUAAACUUCUUCAGGAUAUGGACCUCAAAGCUAGUUCAUGAUUAAUCUUUGAUAUUUAUAUAACCUUUUAUGUCAAUUAUCUGGUCGAUGAUAACAUUGUUAUUUACACUCCUGGCAAAUAUUCAGGGUUUUUAAAGUGAUGACAUCAGGUGUCUUUUACAAUUGGAAAUGUACACAGUGCAUGGGGGUAAUGUUGUUUUCUACUGUUGAACAUUUUCAAAGUUGAUUGAUUGCACUAGGGGUAAUGUUGUUUUCUACUGUUCAACAUUUUCAUAGUUGAUUGAUUGCCUGCCAUAAGCAUUUUAGAAAAUAGGAUACAUUGUCAAAACUAUUUUAGCGUCAGUAGACGUAGCACUAUGCAGCAAAACAGCAUUAGAAGUCACUUUAUUUGGUUUGUGGAAGGUGAGUCAAUAUUUUUCCACAUGGGAUGUCUCAUUUACAGUAUGUCAGAGGCCGUUGUUAUUCCUGUUUAUAAAGUGAUAUCUGUUCUUUGUACAAGUGCAGGAGAUAAUGGAUGUGUGCAUGACUACCUGAUGUGAUCAGCCUGGAGUGUUUGUGCACUGUUUUGCUUCCAACUGAUUUCAUCACUAAAUAUUGUGGCUUGUGUUGUGUGAUUUCAAUAUAAUGUUUAACAUUUUCAAGCAAAACUGAAACUCAGUUUUCCAUAAAACUCCACAUAUUAAUAUUUUUCUAAAAAAAAACAUAAAAAAAUUAUUUUCACUUUAUUACAACUUUAAGUUUUGAAAUAUGUAAUCAGCCUUGAUUAUCAUGAAUACCAGAUACCAUUGAUUGUUAAAGCCAAGCAAAUAAUGUGCCUGGAUCAUUGAAGAUUAGUUGUGCCACCAGUAUCUUUUCAAACUGGGUAAGCAUGUUCUACUCUGCUGUCCCACUGCCACCAUGAGUGUGGAUCAAUAGAGGAGAAAAAUUGAUGACGCAGUUCAAAAGGAAGCUGUCCAAAAUGAGACUGAAAGUCAGAGGUUCUUUUCAUUGUUCAGUGUUGAAAAUGUGAUCAAUUUGAAAUACUGCAUCAGAAAACCUGAAGGAUGCAGGACCAUAUAAUUUCUAAUACUGCAAUUAAUGCUUUGUUAUUGAAAACAAAGAUGUGAUUGAGUAAACAAAUAAACUGUAUUGAUUGUGGUGUGUAUUUUCCUGCAGUGACUUGGUGUAUUCAUCAGUGCAGGAGCCGCACAGUGUUUAUAUCUCCAUCCAUCGAAUGGUAGCCAUCGGGGCUUGCCACAGUCACUCUUAGCAAAGCUUCUGUAUCCCGUGUUAUAGGCAAAUAUUAAAAUAGGCCACGAUCCAUCACUCCUCCUUGCUUUGGAAUGAAAUAGAUUAUGUGGUAAUGACUGAUUUUUUGUAUUGUAAAUCAUACCAUUUUGUCAGGUAUUCGUACAGACCUUUUCAUGUGUGUUUACAGAGCUACAUCCAGGCCAUCUAAGAUUUUGUUGUUAUUAAAGGUGGCCACUAUUGUAUGACAUAAAACUGUCAGUGAUAAGCGUUGCUGAUGUGUUUACUGAAUCCCAGGGUAAGCCUGAUGGGCUGUUCAUCACGGUAGGGGAUGUCUCGACCACAGCACUCUGUCAGGCCUAUUAGUUUAUUACAUCACAUGUGAAGACUGAUUUAUGUUGUAUAUAUCUGACCUGCAUUCAUCUUCCUGGUGCUCGGCUUGGGAGAAGCAGGAUGGCUAACUUGAUGAAGCUGUGAUUUGAACAGUUUGGUAUCACCCAGUGCAUGAGUGAGUGAGUUAGUGCAUGAGUGAGUGAGUGAGUGUCAGUGAGUAGUGAUAGAGUGUGAGUUAAUGAUUGUGUGUUAGUGAGUGAACAAGAUUGACUCCAUGCUUCUUUAAGCAGUAUUUCAGUUGAUGUCAUGGUAACCAAGUAAUCCCAACUUAGUGCUGCUUGUAUAUUUAAACCAUUUUCCCCAAACCGAAAACCCUGGAUAUGCUUUUAAAACCAAAAUGUAUUUAAAUGAAGUUUGUUAUAGCCAAUCUAGAAUUAAAACCUGAGGGUAUGAGCGUCAACUAAUUGUUGGCGAUUGGUUUCAGCAGAGCAAGAGCAAACGCAUCCGAUUUAAGGCUAGAAAAUGUUGGUGUAGUAUUUCAUAAGUGAGAAUUGUGUUUGUACUUCUUUUGUUUCUUUGUGUGAAUAUGGUUGUAUAAAGAAACUGUGCAUAUUGAUAUUAAAGGGAAAUGUUGGCUAAUGGUGUAAUUGGUUUUAUGGAGCUUGUUUUGUUGUCUUAGAUUUGUGAACUGGCAGGUACAUGGGAUGAAAAUUGGGAUGAGGAAAGGGUUAAUGCCAUCAUUGUUUGUUACUAUACACUAAUAAUUUUACACACAUUUGGUAUACAUUUUCUGUAAAUUAAGUGAAUUUUCUCCUGUAGUAUUAUUGUUGAGUAUAUAAUGAUUGCAUAUUUGUAAACAACAGAGAUUGCUGAUAAAAACCAGGAAUGGAAACAAAUAAUUCAGGUAGAUAACUAAUCUAAUGAUAAAAUGCAACCUGAAUCGAAAUGAAUACAUCAGGUUGACUAAUUUAUUGAUAUUGUCCCGAUUUAUAGUUUAAUUAUGUGAAAUGGAAUGCUUUGAUUUAAUAUAAUGUUAAUGUUGCAUUUUUGUGGGGAAUCGAUGUAAAGUUAUACAGAAUCAAAACAUAAAUGCCAGAGAAAUAUCAGUCUUACUUAUCUGACAAA